AUGUCCUCCCAUGCCGGCAAAGAAACUGCUCGAGUUGACGUGCAGGUUGGGGUCGAUUUCGGUACCACUUUCACUGGAGUGACAUGGAUCGCCCCGGAACUCCAAGUAAAGAAAAUACAGUUUGUCAAGGACUGGCCUGGGCAAAUGUCGGAUAAGGUCCCUACCGUCCUGGCCAAGAACGUGCUCGGAACUAACAGGAAAUGGGGGUUUCUCUGUAAUGAACUCGAUGAGGGCAGCAAAUGGAGAUUCCUCGAGCUGUGUCUGCACGCAAAACCCGAGAGGCUCAACGAAACGCCUUGGGCUACCGACAGCAGGUCCGAGACAUAUAGUCUAGUGCAGGAGUAUCUCAGCCAGGUAUACGGCCACAUCAGCGGCAGUAUUAUUAAGCAUCUCCGCCGUCGAGUUGAUGUAAACUGGGACAAGUUGGUCAUCGAGUUCACCUUCAGUAUCCCGGCUACUUGGGAUGCAAGUAUCGCUGAAGACUUCUUGAAAAUUGCCCAUGACGCUGGUUUUGGUCGCGAAGCUGGUCACAAAGCCGCUUUGGGUUUGACGGAGGCUGCGGCGGCAGUGGUUUCGGCCAGCGAACUUGAUAUCCCAUUCACUCGCGGCGAGACAAUACUGUCGAUCGAUGCUGGCGGGGGAACAACGGAUCUAGCUUUGGUCACACUCAAAGAAGCCAAACCUAUGCAGAUGGUGCAGAAUAUGGCUGUUAUGGCCACUGGGUUCGGUUCUGUGUUGAUAGACAUGGGAUUCAAGCAACUUGUUGAACGCCGGCUUACUGAUUAUCCAGACAUACCGAAAACUUAUGCCGAGACGGUAGCGCAAGGUGUAGUCUUCCGAAAUUGGAAGCAUGCAUACGGUUCGUCACCUCAAGGUAACGAGGUCUGGCGCAUGUACCUACAGCCAGUUUCCAACCAGGUGGACAGCAGAUUCGUGGAAUUUCACCCACAGGACCUGGGAGCAUUAUUUGAUGAACAGUUCGAGGGCAUUAAAGGCUGUGUUGAUAAAGUCCUUGGCGAUUUCGAAACGAUGGGAGGCCAACACGUGAAUCACGUUGUCCUCUCUGGCGGUCUAGGGUCGUCUGAGUAUGUCUUCGCGAGAAUGAAAGAACACUUGGAGCAGCAGAAGAGUGAAAAACCAAGUCUUGGCAAAGUGCAGCUGUGGAGAUCUGCUACUCCCCAGCUCGCCGUGGCCAGGGGUCUUGUGAUCAACAAGACAAACCUUCUACUCAAGUCUGGAAUUGCGCCGGCUAGCUACGGCGUCGUCGUAGAGCAGCCUUUUUGCCAGCGCACCCACUGCGGGCAAAAGCCGACAAAAAAUCUCCAUGACGGGAAGCUAUACGUUCAAAAUCAGAUCCAUUGGGUGAUCAUGAAAGGCACCAAGCUAGAGCCUGGGACCACGUUUAGCCACAAAAUCCGGAGAAUUUGUUCAGCGAGUGACCCAGAGGAGUGGACUGAGAAGAUUGUUUUCUCUGACCUCAUCCUAGAACGUCUACCUCGUACCAUGGGAGGCCCCGGUGUGAAAGGGCUCAAGCCAUUUCGUAUUAGUCUUGAUUCGACACCAACAGAGUUGAAGCAGAGGCCUUUUUCUUCUCGUCGGUAUCGGGUGAUCGAGUAUGAGCUGAAACUUGUGGUUGGGCAUUGUGGUGAGUGUCGUGUUGAUGUUUGCUCCAACACUGGAAUCACACUGUCUGAAGGGAUGGCAAAGCUCAGCAUUUGA